CGGCGGCGGUGGCGGCGGCUGCGGCUGAGUGACUGAGGGGAGACCCCGCCGGGGGAGGGGGCAGGCGGAGGGCGAGGCGCGUGUGGCGUGCGCGGUGUUGACGACGGUGUUUUUAACCCUUAGAUGGUCUCCAGCGAGCCGCUGCUGCUGCCGGUGUCACUGGAGGGCGAGUUCUCCAGUAGCAUGAAGGAGAUGAUCGGCGGCUGCUGCGUGUGCUCCGACGAGCGGGGCUGGGCCGAGAACCCGCUCGUCUACUGCGACGGGCACGGCUGCAAUGUCGCAGUGCAUCAAGCUUGCUAUGGAAUUGUUCAAGUACCCACUGGACCAUGGUUUUGCAGAAAGUGUGAAUCUCAGGAAAGAGCAGCCAGAGUGAGAUGUGAAUUAUGCCCUCAUAAGGAUGGUGCUUUAAAGAGAACAGAUAAUGGGGGUUGGGCUCAUGUGGUUUGUGCUCUGUACAUUCCCGAGGUGCAGUUUGCAAAUGUUUCUACAAUGGAGCCUAUCGUGUUGCAGUCUGUUCCUCAUGAUCGUUAUAAUAAGACAUGCUAUAUUUGUGAUGAACAAGGCAGAGAAAGUAAAGCAGCCACUGGUGCUUGUAUGACAUGUAAUAAACAUGGAUGUCGACAAGCUUUUCACGUAACAUGUGCACAGUUUGCAGGACUUCUUUGUGAAGAGGAAGGCAAUGGUGCAGAUAACGUCCAAUACUGUGGCUACUGUAAAUACCAUUUUAAUAAACUGAAAAAGAGCAAACGGGGAUCUAAUAGGUCAUAUGAUCAAAGUUUAAGUGAUUCUUCCUCUCACUCUCAGGAUAAACAUCAUGAGAAGGAGAAAAAAAAAUAUAAAGAGAAAGAUAAACACAAGCAAAAAUAUAAGAAGCAGUCGGAGUCGUCACCAUCUUUGGUUCCAUCUCUUACUGUAACUACAGAAAAAACAUACACAAGCACUAGCAACAACUCCAUGUCAGGCUCCUUGAAGCGGUUGGAAGAUACCUCAGCUCGAUUUACAAAUGCAAAUUUCCAGGAAGUUCCUACACACGUUUCAAGUGGAAAAGAUUCUUCAGAGGCUAGAGGGUCAGAGAGCAAAGGGAAGAAAUCUGCAGGUCACAGCUCAGGUCAGAGGGGAAGAAAGCCUGGUGCUGGAAGAAAUCCAGGAACAACUGUGACUGCAGCUAGUAGCCCUUUUCAGCAAGGAAGCUUUUUGGGCACUCCUGGGAGCAUAAAGUCAUCUUCUGGAAGUUCAGUUCAGUCUCCCCAAGAUUUUUUGAGUUUUACAGACACAGAUCUACGAAGUGACAGUUUCACACAUUCUCAACAGGCUUCGUCAACCAAAGAUGUACAUAAAGGAGAGGCUGGGAGCCAAGAGGGAGGAGUCAAUUGUUUCACUUCCUUAAUUGGUCUCCCUUCGUCGUCAGCAGCUGUUUCCCAAUCUAAAAACUUUGACAGCUCACCUGGAGACAUAAGUAAUUCAAGCCUUACUUCUACAGCAUACAAACGAGCUCAAAGUUCUGGAAUAGAAGAAGAAACUGUAACAGAGAAGAAACGGAAAGGAAAUAAACAAAGUAAACAUGGGCCUGGUAGACCUAAAGGAAAUAAAAGUCAAGAAAGUCUUUCCCAUCUUUCAGUUUCUUCUGCUUCCCCAACUUCAUCUGUGGCAUCUGCUGCAGGAAGUGUGACAAGCUCUGGUCUUCAAAAAUCUCCAACUUUGCUCAGGAAUGGAAGUUUACAAAGUCUUAGUGUUGGUUCAUCUCCAGUGGGUUCAGGUAUUUUUAGCAGCAAUGAUGUAGCAGUAUCAUUUCCAAAUGCAGUAUCUGGCUCAGGAUCUAGCACUCCCGUUUCCAGUUCUCAUUUACCUCAGCAGGCUUCAGGCCACUUGCAGCAAGUGGGAGCUCUAUCACCUUCAACUGCGCCUUCUGUAACUACUGUUGUUGCUGCAACUCAGGCGAACACCCUACCUGGAUCUUCUCUCAGUCUGCCUCCAUCCCACAUGUAUGGCAAUAGGCUGAAUCCAAAUUCAGCCAUGGCAGCACUUAUAGCUCAGUCUGAAAACAGCCAAGCAGAUCAAGAUCUCGGAGAUAACAGCCGAAGCCUUGUUGGCAGAGGAGGAUCACCCAGAGGAAGUCUCUCACCACGAUCCCCUGUGAGCAGCUUGCAGAUUCGCUAUGAUCAAUCAGGGAAUGGUUGUGGGGAAAAUUUGCCCCCAGUAGCAGCCAGCAUAGAACAGCUUCUCGAGAGGCAGUGGAGUGAAGGACAACAGUUUUUAUUAGAGCAAGGCACCCCCAGUGACAUUUUAGGAAUGCUUAAAUCAUUGCACCAACUUCAAGUUGAAAAUAGGCGGUUGGAAGAACAGAUAAAGAAUCUGACUGCAAAGAAGGAGCGACUGCAGCUUCUCAAUGCACAGCUUUCAGUGCCCUUUCCAACAAUAACUUCAAAUCCCAGCCCUUCUCAUCAAGUACAUGCCUUUCCAGUACAAGCACCACCUAGCACUGAUUCCUUGAACAGCAGUAAAAGCCCUCAUCUGGGAAACAGUUUUUUACCGGACAAUUCUCUUCCUGUAUUAAAUCAGGAGAUAACCUCCAGCGGACAAAGCACCAGCAGUUCAUCAGCGCUUUCCACUCCACCACCUGCUGGGCAGAGUCCGGCCCAGCAAGGCUCGGGAGUCCCCGGAGUUCAGCAGGUCAAUGGUGUGACAGUGGGGGCACUGGCUAGUGGUAUGCAGACUGUAACCUCCACCAUUCCUGCAGUGCCGGCUGUGGGUGGAAUAAUUGGAGCACUGCCAGCCAGCCAGCUGGCAAUCAAUGGAAUUGUAGGGGCUUUAAAUGGGGUAAUUCAGACCCCAGCAACAAUAUCACAGAACCCUUCUCUCACUCAUGCAACCGUGCCACCCAAUGCAACACAUCCUCUGCCAACCACGCUAAAUAACAGUGCCUCGGGACUAGGAUUGCUUUCUGACCAACAGAGACAACUAUUACUCCAUCAACAGCACCAGCAAUUUCAGCAAUUACUAAGUACCCAGCAACUCACAUCAGAACAACAUCAGGCCCUUUUGUAUCAAUUAGUACAGCAACAACAUCACCAUCACCAACACCAUCAGUCUGAAGUACAGCAAUUGCAGAUUACUGGAGGAGCACAGAUACCCAUAAACAACUUACUUUCAGGCACACAGGCCUCACCACUUAAUGCAGCUGCUACCAACCCAUUCCUUACAAUUCAUGGAGAUAACACAGCUCAGAAGGUGACAGUAAGUAUACUUCUCACCUCACUUUCCAUGCAGUACCUCCAGGAGGUAACUAAAAGAUAAGAAGCAGGUUAUGUGCCUGUACUCACAAAUCAAAGAUGGUGGAUUUUUUUUCUUUCUUUAUUUUUCUUGAGCCUUGCACUGCACUUAAAUGAGGCUCAGAACUCUGUGAACUUGUAGUCACACAGGGCAUGUCUGCUGCACACUGUUGCUUCCCUGGAUCAGGACACCAAUCCAGUGACUCUUGCAUUCCUCUUGUAAUUACGACUGCAGCCUUAGUCCUCCUCACCCUACUUCUUCCCCAGCAUUGUGUCCACUGUUUCGUGGAUCAUUUCUUCUACCACCUUGCUGGUGAGUUUGCCUUGGCCAGGCCUCAGGCCCUGUGGAGCUGUGGGGAUUAGCUGAUGGCUUGAGAGGUGAGGAGCCCAUUGCUGAGAAGGUAGAAUCUGUGUCAGGAGAAUGGGCUAUGAGCAUCUUGGUGCUGCCCUGGGAAAAUGAGGCUGUGCAUUGGGAGGCUGAGCAGCUCUUCCGCUUCAUGGAAUAAUAAAACCUUUCCUGGACAGAUAAAGAAAUGAGACACAUUUUUCUGGCAAAGAUGUUCCAUUAUCUUUAGUAUUUGCCUCUAAUCUCCAUUCCCAAGACAAGAAUUCUUUCUUCAAAAAAUCAGAGAACAGGCUUCAUUCUUUAAGGGUCGUACAGUUGAGAGGAUAAAGGAAGGAGCACAUGAGACUUGGUAAAACAAAGGAUGAAUAGAGCAGGAAGACAUAAAGUUUCAGCUUCCUUGGAGAAGACAGCAAGUGGUAGUGGUAGAGAAGAAAGAGAAGCUUGUCUGCAGGAGCAGGUGGAGAGAGUGUGGGCUAAAUGUGAGUCCCCUCUCUGCUCCCCACUCCCAAAUCCUCCAGCUACUUUAGGAGCACUGUGGUAGAGGACUGGGCUGUGCUUCUGUGGUACUUCAGGCACUACACACUUCCAGACACAAACCACAUAAAAGAUGAAUUUUCAAGAUGAUUUUUCCUGGAAACAGCUCCCUUCCUUUCAAAAUUGUUAGCACUUAUUUUGUUCAGCCUUAUGCUUUGGGGUUUGGGCAGUUGUGACGUUGCGGCUGCGAACGGUCACUGUGGUCGGGCCCUGCUGUCAGGGUCACUGACUGUCACAACAAACAUGCUGGCAUUGCCUCCAGGCCUUGCCUUCAUUCAGAAAUUUUCAGUUUGUUCUCAUAUGUUUAAAAUUGAUCUCCCCUCAUUUUCCAAAAAUUAGUAGUGAAUGGAAUUAUAUUUGGUGUACAUCCAAGCAAGAUAUUCUGUGUGAUCUUAUUUUGAUUUUUUCUAAGUGGCCAUUACUAGGUCUGUAUAGUGCAGUGUAUUUUUAAAAAUAUGCCAUCAGUUUUUAUGUUAACAGCUGUAAAUAAUUCCAAGAAAUCUCAAAACAUCUUUCAAACAAAACCCUUACCAAAAAUUUAUUUUGAAAUUGAUUUUAUAUUUUUUAAGGCUAGAAUUGAGACAAGUUGCAUAGAUUGUUGAAUUGUUUUUAACAAAUUCUCUAUUUGCCAGAGUUCGAGUGUUUUAAUCUCGUUUGUAGUUUAAACAGGUUUUCAGGCAUUUCUGAAUGCUCAGUGAAUGAGAUGAGGUUUUUGCUCAGUCCUAUUCAAUACUUGCAGGAAAUGUCUUCGUAGCAAUAUACGAAAGAAAGAAUUGUCAUGGGCAGAUUGGAAGUUGUAUUUGUUCUGAUGGAGAAGUGUAGAUUUCAGCCCUUUCCAGUGGGCAAAUGUAGCAGAGGUUACCCGGUGUUUCUCUUGACCAUCUUGCAGUUUUAGAGAGACCCAUGGCCAGGAACAGCCACUUUUGUUGGAACAAAAGUAGGAGGGGAGUUGGUGUUUUCUAAUGCUGCUGUCAUGACCUUAGCAUUAGUUGCAUCAAUACAGGACUGCUCCUUUAAUUAUUCUUUCCUUUCCCACUUCUUAUUCUACAGUGCAUGGUUAUUUUUUACAAUGCAGAAGUUACUACUUAGAUUGCUCUAGUGAAUGUACCUCAGCUGCUUUGUCAUCUUUAUGAAUUGAAUUUUACUUGGCUCUGUAUGUUAUAAUCUGAUUUUUAGAAGUAUUUUCUCUUACACAGAGGCUCAAUGAUAAAACUGGACCAGUUGCAUCAGAGAAGAGUUGACAUUUGAAUGACACUUGAGCCCUGCACGUCCUGCUGUUAUAGCACUUCAUGUGACUGCAAACCCCAGGUUCCCUUUCUGCAGAUUGAAAAAGAGCAACAAGGAACUCUUACUGCACAGCAAGAGGUUAAUAAUUUUCAUAAGGAUAUUUUUGGUAGGCUUUCAUUUGCUUUCUUGUUGCACUAAAAUGGAUGUACUUUUUAAUGUCUCAGACUGUGAAGUAGAUAAAACUCUGCAAAUCAUAAUUAUUUUGUCAAUAUGAUGGUACUAAGUACAAAUUCAGCCACGGAAGAACAUACACUUGACUCUUCAGUCCUAAUCUCACAGACUGAAAGGCUGUAAAGCGUCUGCAGUGCUGCAUUGCUUUGGUUUCAGAGCAGUAGUUUUAACAGCCCAACCCCAGCCCAUCUGAUCUUCCUGCUGCAGUUAUAAUAGAUCUUUUUGGACUGAGCUUGUAAUGGCAGCUGGGACUUGCUGUUCAUUGUUUCUUUUUUUACACACCUGUUUUGGAACCUGAUUCAUAAGGGAAUUGACUUCUGAACUUUUUAUUCCUUUAAAUUCCUAUUGUUGUAUAGUUGGAGUUUUUCUUGAAUAUGAAUUAUGGUAUGGAAUCCAAAGUUUAUUAAUUUUGGUGUAGGUUUUAGAGUUCUGAGAUUUUUAAAGGAACCAGUUUGGUUCCAGUGACAAAGUUUUCUUACCAGAUGAGAAGGCCACACUGGAAGAAGUUUGUGUAGUGUUUGGCCUAAACCAAGUGCCUGUUGCUACCUCCAUUUUGUUGAAAUGGCUGCAAACAGCUGAUCAUGCACUAGACGUGUCCUUGUUAGCAGCGGGAAUAUUCUGUCUUGCACCAGCAGCCUUGUUCUGCCUUUCCUAGAGGUGUUUAUACCACUGUAGAGAGCUCAGGCAGAUUGUUACCUGGGUCACUUUUCACUAAUAAAUUACCAAAAAAGUGAGUUACCAUUUCCCACUAAAAUUUCCCAGUGGUUGAAACGGAUGAACACGGGUGAACUUGUGUUACAACACUUCCGGCAGUUGCUGAUCUCGUGGCGAGUCUAUGCAGGGUGGUGAAGGACAGUUUAAAUGGGGGUAAUGACCACUAAUCAAUAGUGAGGUGGGAAUUAUUAGCGGAAACGACCCAGCUGUAAUUAGACCUCCACUGUGUACUUAUUUGGAAGAACAUGUUAAUUCUGCAAUAUGUUUCUUAGUUAAACAUUGCACAGUUCUUACCUCAUUUCUGUAAAUAAAGUUUUGUGAAUCUGUUUUGUAUUGUGAAGAAUUCAUAAGAAAACAUUGAUAUUUUGAUUUGUAAUAUUUCUAAUUAGUAGAUUUAAUUGAAAAAGUAAAAAUAAUUUAUUUUUAUAUGUUCUGGGGAAUUUUUAAAAAAUGUCACAAAUCACUUUUGUAGAUACUUUACAAAAGUAAACCAGUGGUUUAUUUUACUUACUCACCCCACUGGUGGAUAUUCUGUAACAAUUUGUACAAAAGGUAAGAUGGAAAUGUGCUGUUAUUUUGACUAGAUGUAAAAUUCCAAGUGUAUGAAAAUAUAUGUACAAAGCUUUUGUUAAUAAACUUUAAUAAUGUUUAUCAUUGUAUA